GCGAGCCGACACAUUAUUUAAAACCCUGGGUGUCACAAAGAAGCAUUAUCGGAGAUUCUGGGAGUAACUUUAAUACUAUUAUUUGGGACAGAAGUAGAGACCUUCAACUUGAACCGUAUAAUUCAAUCCAGAAUGCAAGAUUAAAGAUGAUGUUGGUUACAGGGUGGUUACCUGCUUAUGUUAAAUUCGCCCCUCAACUUGAUAAGUUGGUGGCCAAACCCUUUUACAACCGAAAAAAUACAAAUUGUAGUUCGAAAUGUUCACCACAACUGCAAUUUGGAUCCAAUCCCUUCCAACGCAACAGUUCGAAGAGGUGCUAUUGCAAAACGAAAGACCAAGACACGCCAUUUUCAUCGGAUAGCCCAUGGGAGAGUGGGGAUGUAUGGACCAAUCUUGCUCUCUAUCUUUUCACUCUUCAUAUUCCCCUCAGUUUUGGAGGCUUAUCCGUUGUUUCACUGCUCACUGGACAACAACCUCUUCUUCACCCACAGACUCAGGCCAUAUCACUUGUUACCAUUCAAGUUCUUGAGUUUAGUGCAGCUCUGGUUUUAUUCAAGUACACAGCUAAGCCACACUAUAAAUUUUCAAAUUUCUUCAAAAAUAACGACAACAACUGGUUUUUAUCAUCAGCUCUGGGAUUUGGGAUUCUUGUUCUUCUCAUUUGUCUAACAUCAAUACUAGGGGACAGAUUAUUCGACUUUAAGCCUGUCAGCAACACUUCACUGAAGGAGAUCCUCCUGAAUAGUGAUAUCUCAAGAGUUUGUUGUGUUGUUGCUUACUGUAUUGUUACUCCUCUUUUGGAAGAAGUUGUUUAUAGAGGAUUUCUGCUAACGUCACUUUCCUCAACCAUGAAGUGGCAACAAGCUAUAGCCAUAAGCUCUGUUAUAUUCAGUGCAAUUCACUUCUCUGGUGAAAACUUUGUACAAUUGUUCAUCAUUGGAUGUGUCCUUGGAUGCUCCUAUUGCUGGACCGGAAAUUUGAACUCGUCCAUUGUUAUUCAUUCUUUGUACAAUGCUGUAACUUUACUAAUAACUUAUUUUUAUUAGAUUUUAUUUAUUGACUGGAACCGGUAAGCAAAGUUCAUUGUAUAGAUGUUGGGAUUAAUGCUAAUAUUAAUCAAAACAUGAUGUAUACUCAA